CCGCCUGGUCAACCCCAGCGCCGCCAGUGUGUCACCACCGCUCUCACCAACACCACCACCAAUAUCUGUUGCACCAACACACCCACGCCCUCGAGGCUCUGUCCUCCUUCAGGUUCGCCAGCACAGUUCCUUCAGGAUACCCGUGAGCAAAGCCACUGUCAGCAGUUGGUUGGCCACGCACCAACACAAGCAGUCGGGAUAUAGCGAGCGUAGGGCCUAAGUGCCUUGGGAUAUAAUGGUGAUGGAGGUGUCCUCAGUCGACUUCGAGGUGUUCGGGAAGGUCCAGGGCUGUAACUUCAUCAAGGUAGCCAAGGAUACUGCUGAUGGGCUGGGCAUCACAGGCUGGAUAAAAAACAAUAAGACUGGUACUGUUGGUGGACGCCUCCAGGGACCCAAGGCCAGUGUAGACCAGAUGGUGAAGUGGCUAAGUGAAGAAGGUACUCCUGGGUGUCAAAUUGAACGCUGCCAACUUAGCAACCAACAGGCCAUCAUACGCCCUGACUAUCCUAAGUUCAGCCUUAAAUUCUAAAUUCUUAGUUUAUUAAAAGUCUUGCAAACACUACUUUCAGCCUAUAUUAAAAUUGGUAAAUUAUUAUUUUAACCGAGCCAUUAUAUACUAUAUUACAAGGACAUUUCAUCCAUCAGUAAGUUUUUCAGUUCAUCAUGUGCUGUAGCCAAUGUUUGACCACCUUGUUCAUUUUCCAAGUGACUAUGAAUCAUGACAAUGGAAGAACAUUAAAUAAACUAUUGCUACUUUUAUUUGAUUGGAGACAAGAUACCAAAGACAAUCCAGUCUAUCAUGGAUUUGGUUCAGUUCAAAUAUUUGUUAAUUCCAUAUCUACAGUGCAGUUAUUAAUAAAAACUUAUUUUUUAUAAGUAAAGUUUAUAAUUGAAAUGUAAAACAGUUUAUUUAAAUCAUGUUAAAUAUUAAUAUCAGGAUAUUAUCAGUAUUUUACCAGGUGAACAUAAUUUUUUCAAAUAAAUUAUGUCACUGCACUAGUACAGUAUUUCCCAGGACUGUAUAGCACAUUUUAUUUUAUUUUAAUCAUAUGACAGCAAGGGUUCAAACCAUAUAGUGCACUAAACUGUACUUGUAAUCAUAAUGACUGUUUUAGAUCACUUGGAAUACCAUGCUGAGUACAGUAUGUGAAUGCAAAUUAGUUUGGUAAACGAAAAAUUGGACAGUUUAUUUGGGGAAACUUGAAAUUAUAUAGAAGGCAUUUAGUUUAAAAUAAAUUAUAUUAGAUGGUUUUCUUUGAAAAGACAGUUUUUUUAGGGCUCUUGAUUUGUCAGCAUAUUUUGUUUGGGGAUAUAAUAAAAAAAAUAUUUUUUAAGUUUACAUUUUCAAGUAAUAAAGUGAACUGACCAUCUAUAUUUUAACCUAUAAAUUUUCGAAUCACAUUUGACCUGUGUUGUGGCUCAACAAUUGACUACUAUAAUCAUGUUUCUAUGUGCCCACUACCAUUACCAACUGUUUAAGUCUAUUUAAUUUCAGCAUACAGUACCAUCCAAUGAUUUAAUUCAGGUUGUAUAAUAUAAAAAGUAAUGUGUAUUUCGUAAUUUACUACUGCUCUAUCAUGUAUGAGAACUCAUUAUUCUCCAUCACACUUUUUGGGAGUGCCAUGAGAUAUGUGAUUUAUUUCAUAUUGUAUAACAAUGUUUUCCUUGGUAACAUUUGUGUUCAUUUUAUCAUUUAUCGUGUUGUCAUUCCUAGGUUAGGCAUUACUUGUCAAUAGCUAAUUUAGGUUUGAAUUCCAAAGCUUAAUACAAGGAUGAGUAACAAUAAAUUACGAUCUUCAUACAUGAAUUAUACAUGUGAAUGGACAUACAGUACUGAAAAAAUGCUGGUGACAACAAUACAAGUUAAAAAACACAUUAAAAGACCUUUAUCUGUACAGUACCAGAGAUUGUGGUAUGUUUCAGAAUGUUUAAAAUUCUCAAGAUGGUAUUCUUAAGAAUUUUCAACAUUGCUCUUCACUAAAUGUUAAAACUAAUCACCAGUGAUGUCUUCUUGAUCAUCCACUUUAUUGCUCCUCUUUGUGUGCAGCUUUAGGAGUACAACUUAGAUAGUUGUGUUCUGUAGUAGCUUUGUGUUGGGGAAUGCAGCAUCUUACAAUCCCUCCAGAUGAAUUUGUCUACUCUUUUCAUUCUUCAAAGUGAAAUUCUUUUACAGGACACCAAACUUUGAAACCAAUACAGAAUGGAGCAAAUAUUAUAACUAAUGUUCUUUUUAUACAUAGCAUAAAAAGUAUUACAAAAUUAUGAAAAAAAUAUAUUAGGCAAGUAUAAUUUAUCAUCAAUGAAGCCUAAAUAGUUCACCAAUUAGCUAAACUGUAGCAAAAACUUGUUUCCUAAGCUUAUGAAAAUUUAUGUGCCAUUAAAGAAUGAGCAUUUGAAUUUCCUAAACAAUAAUUAAUGUUCUUAAAUAUCAAAAACAAAACCUACCUUCAAGUUUAGAUGAGUUUCAAUUCACAUAUCCACCAAACUUUCACUGCUGUUAUCUUAACUUACUCACUUCUCUCAUGCCACUCUGAUUGCACCAUCAUCACAAUAUAAAUUAUAUUAUCUUUGUUGCGCACACGAACAAAUUCCGCCAAUCUGUUCUUCCAUGGUGAUGAAUGUAGACAUCUGUCAUGGGAGUUUGUAAGACUGCAAGUUUUGUGUUUGUCAAAUAUUUAUUUUUGGUUUAUAAAAUAAAGAUUUCACCUCAGAAAAGUAUUUUCAUCCUUUCUAAUUGUUUAACUAAAAUAACACACACUAUUUAAACUGACAAUUAACAAGUAGGCCUACUUAAACAGUAUCAAAAUAAAAUAACUUGGGCUAAAGAAGAGAAAUUAAGUUAAACAUGCAAUAAUGCAAUAAUGGCAGUGCUAUUGGUGAACCUGCAACAAGACAAUGAACCAUACAAUAUAUGUUUGCACAAGAAAUUGUCUUCUCACAUUUGUAAGAAAUAACCUCAACACAUUAAUCCAUAGCCUCUUAUGAACAAGAAUCUGUA